AUGAACAACGACGAAGAUAUCUCUCAACAACCUGGUGUCGAAACAGAUGUGUCUGCCGAUGAAACCAAGAAAAAUGCAUUAGCUGAGGCUUCAAUGAAAGCAAGACAAUUGAAAAGCGAUAGAAAGAGAGCUCGAGCUGAAAUAGCACGGUUUCUACGGCAGAAGAAAAGAGAGAAAGCUGAUAAAAAAGUAGUAGAAGAAGAAGUGGGAAGUGAUGAAAAAGAAGAGGAAGAAGAAGUGAAAAGACAAACCCGAUCAAGAUUCAAAAUUGAAGACGCCAAGCAAAAAUCAAAAUUCAAUGAACCGAAAGCAGCUGAAAAUGUAGAAAAACCAGAGAAAAUGAAAUCGCUUGCAAAACGAAUGCACGAAGCGUUGGCGAAGAAACGCGCUAAAAAAGCAAAGCGUGUUGAAAAUCUCCGCUUGGUGAGAGAGAAGUUUCUGAAUCGAAACAGAAAACCGCCAUUCAAUUUUCCGUUCAAAAAAAGAGAAUUUCCAUUGAUUAGACCGGAAAAAGAUGAAGAAUGGACGUUGGAGAGUGAGCGAAUGGGGAUCAAAAAGAAACAGAAGCCGAAAAACGCGAAAAUCAAUCAGAUUGAUGAUUACAAUAUGGAAGAAAUGGUUGAAGAAGUUGAGGCGGAAGAGCCAGAUGCAAUUACACAAAUAAAGACGGAUCCAGAGCAACAGAAGCCCGUCGAAGCUCUGGAUGUGAAAUUGGAGCCGAUUGAGAUGGAUUAUAGCGAAGUUGGAGAAUCGAGUUCUUCAAAUCAAAUGAUUUCUGUAAAAAUUGAAAACUUUGAGCCAGUUAGAUCUGAUAUCACUAUCAAGCAGGAGGAAGCCAGCUCAUCGGACUUCUAA